UUGGGUGACAUUAAAGUAAAUUGUCUGCUGUAUGCUGAUGAUGCAGUGCUUAUUGCACCAUCAGAGGCAGAACUGCAGGCAUUAGUCACGUGUAUGAAAGAGGAAUGUGAAAUUAAAGGUCUCCGUUUGAAUGCUAAUAAAACUAAGGUUCUGGUAUUUGAAAGGGACGAAGAGAAAACGAAGUGUGAAAUAUGGAGAUAUAAAAAUACAACAUGGCUGUUGCUUAAAAUUUGCAUUAAAAUAAUAUUAAACCAAGUUGAAAUAUUUCUUCUGUCAAAAUCGGCACAGAAAAUGCAAAACAAUGUGGAUACAUUAAAACGCUCCCUGGCAAAACUUCUAACUUACUCACUUCAAGAUAUUGAAAUAUACAGAGCUACAAAAGACCUGCUUCGAUUUGUUUCCAAACGUCCGUUACAGAUCCGGGCAUUUGGAUCCAUUGUAGUGGACAUGAGCUUACCGCCAACGUGCAUCAUGCUAUUUACCUCUUAUACAGUUAUUGCAUUACAGUUUAAUAAUGUAUUGUAA